UUCUGUGUUUCUUCUUCAUACUCAAACAUGAAUACCAUCGUGGUCACAGUGUUGGUUGCAACCUUUGCAGCAUACGGUAGCUGUGGAGGUUUGGGAGGACAUGGAGGUUACGGAGGUGGCCUGGGCGGUCUAGGCGGCCACGGCGGUCUGGGCGGAGGAUUCGGCGGAGGUUUGGGAGGAGGUCUCGGGGGAGGACUUGGUGGUGGCGGCGGCGGUGGCGGUGGAGCGACCGUCAACACGGUCGUCAACACCGUCGCGGUGCCAGUCGCACAACCCUACCCUGUAACUGUGACCAGACCUGUGCCGGUGCCCGUGCAAGUACCCUACACCGUGGAAGUACCACGUGCCGUCCCAGUGUCAGUUCCAGUCCCACAACCCGUGGAAGUACCAAGAGCCGUACCAGUCACCGUCACCAGACCCGUUCCAGUACCACAACCCUAUGAAGUGCCUGUACCAGUACAAGUACCGGUACAAGUACCAGUGCCCCAACCCUACACAGUCACAAUCCCCCAGCCCGUCGCCGUUAGGGUACCACAAACCAUCGUGGUGCCAGUGCCACAACCCGUGGUUGUAGGAGGAGGUGGUGGCGGUUUGGGAGGAGGAAUCGGCGGUGGUCUUGGAGGCGGCAUCGGUGGCGGAUUCGGCGGCGGCCACGGCGGAUUGGGAGGUGGUUUGGGUGGCCACGGUGGUGGAUACAGUUAUUCCAGUGUGUCUCUUGGUGGGCACCAAUACGGUAGCAGCUCCAAACACUAACUGCGAAUAGCUGGCUAACAUCCCCUACCAAAUAUCUCAUCUCAUCAUUUUGAUUUUCCCUUGUCAUCUCAUGUUUCCAUUUUUAUUGUGAUAUUUUGCUAGUACUCAAUGUUUCGUGUAUGUUUUUUAAUCUUGUA